AAUCAAGUGACAGCGUUAUUGGGUCAUAACGGAGCGGGUAAGACGACUGCGAUGAACAUAAUAACUGGAGUGAGUGCACCGACCAGUGGAUCGGUGAUUAUCAACGGUCAUCGUAUUCAAGGACGCAAAGAUGUGCUGAAUCUAUCGUUGGGCACUUGUCCUCAGCAUAACGUCCUCUUCAGUAAUUUAACCGUUUAUGAGCAUUUAUCAUUCUACGCUAAACUGAAGUCGUCCAUGUCGUCGAAGGUAUGUAUCUGUAUAGUAUUUGUGCUUCUUUAA